AUGUUGUUCAAGGGCACCUGGUGCUUGUUCCCCUUGUUGGUCGCUAGCGUAAAUGCUGCACCACACGAGAAGCGUUCUAUACAGACCGGGAAGCGGGUGCUUGCCUAUGGCGAGAACAUCACCGGGUUCGCUGUAUAUGCCGAUACAGACGGUUUCGCCGUCAUUGCUGAUCCCGAGAAUGACAACUCGGAACUGUUCGAGGCCUCGUGGACGCUUGACACUGAUGGAGCUCUGGCAUGGAAUGUCUCCUUUAGCGUACCACACAACGCAUCCGCCAACGUGACUGAAGACACGGCCAGUUUCUACAUUCUCCCCGACGCCGACUUUGCGCAAAGUGGCUUUACCGUCAACGGCAGCACUCCCGAUGGCGCCGAAACCGAAGGUUUUGUCCUUUAUGGUCACGAUAUCAUGUUCUCAUCCGGCGACUCCCUGCAGUCCAAGUUCUGGGCACAGAACACGUCCAGCGGCUACUGGAACCUGGUGUGGAACACAGAAGGCAGCUCAAAGUCGGAUAGUGUACCAGUCAUGUUGAUGACUGAUGACGAUGACGACGAUUCUUCUUCUUCUUAG